AUGGACGCUAUAUUUAUAGGAUUCGGUUGGAAAAUGGACGUUUAAACGCAUUAUUAUUUCCAGUUUUCCACCGCCCUGUUUGAAAAGGAAGUACACUAAAUACGCCCCCCUGUCUCUCUCGGUUUCGUCGCCAAUCAAGCAAGAAUCGACGUUGAUUUCAGCUCCUUUUUGCAGUUACAGUGAUCUACUAUUGCAGUUGGGGGAAAAGAGAGAGGAGCAGAAAUGCAUUUUGAGCUGGUGGAUAUACAGCCUCGGGAAAUCACAUUCACAUUUGAACCGAGGAAGCAAAGCUCGUGUACCAUCCAGUUAUUCAAUAAGACCGAUAAACAUGUUGCCUUUAAGGUCAAGACCACUAAUCCAAAGAAAUAUUGUGUCCGACCAAACACAGGAAUUAUUAGUUCAAAGUCAUUAUGCGAAUUUAAGAUAACUAUGCAAGCACAGCGGGAACCUCCUCCCGAUAUGGUAUGCAAGGACAAGUUCUUAGUUCAGAGUAAAGUUGUUCCAGAGGAGACAUCUGAUAAAGAUAUUACCUCAGAGACAUUUUCUAAAGACGAUGGUGAAUAUGUCCAAGAGAACAAGCUAAGGGUAAUUCUUGUAGUUCCACUCAACUCACCUGAGCUAUCACCAAUAAAUGGAGCACAGAGUCAUCCACCAAAUUUUGAAUCUUCUCCACCAAAAUGUUUAGAAGAUCUUUCUGGUGGUGAAGAAACCCAAAUUCCACAACAAAAGCCAGCUGAGGAGGAGUUUAAACAGGAAAAUCAAGAGGAGCCAGUGAAAGCAAAACAUGUAGAGAUUGAAACUGCAAAGGAUGUGGAGAAGGUGGAAUUUGUUGAUGAGAUCAAUACAAUGAAGUCAAAGUUGAAUGCACUAGAGCUUAAACUAAGCGAGGCUGAAGCAACCAUUUCAAGGCUGACACAGGAGACUAGGGGGUCUGCUCAAGAGAAAGAAAGCUUACAAAGAGAACUGGUAAUUCAAUUUGAAUUCAGGAUAGUAACACAGGUUCUGAAAUUAAUCUUUGGGUUGCCAGAACUUAUCGGUCACCUACCAUUUCACUUGAGUUUCUUUGCAUCCUCCUUACCUUAAAAAAUGCAUUCUAGCAUUCUGAAAUCCUGUGUUUCAGUGCUCGUAACUCCAACAAUGGUCAUGUUUCCUAGAGAAAACAAAGCAUAAAACCAUUUCUAUUUUGGUCCACAGUGCAUCGUGGACCUAGUUCAAUAUAUAGAAUUUGAUUUCAUAAGGUACAAAAUUCAUGUUCAUAAUGUACAGAAUUAUAUAUCUGAGAACACAUAAACACUUAACAUAAUACACA